AACAGCGGAACGACGGCUCAGGACACCCUCAUCGACAGCUGUACCUACCCGGUCAACGAGUACUUCUGGCUCAACACGCUGCACCCUACUUACCCCAUCCACGAUGCGGUUGCCGAGACCGUUGCUUCGGCCCUAGAGGCCGGGCCCAACGUGUGUUAA